AUGUUCUUUGCCCAUAUGGGAUGGCUUUUGGUUCGAAAACAUCCAGAAGUUAAGCGAAAAGCCUAUUUCAGGCACUACAAGAAAAUGGUACUUAUGUUCUGGUUCAUAGUGCCAACAUUUGUGCCGAUGCUUCUUUGGGGUGAGUCAUUCGUGGUCGCUUUCUACACCUGCACACUUUUGAGAUAUUGUUUGGCUUUGCAUGGCACAUGGUUGAUCAAUUCAGCGGCGCACAAAUACGGUUACAGGCCGUAUAAUCCGAAUAUCUCACCUCUGGCAGCAACAGCGAUGGGUGAAGGUGGCCACAACUAUCACCACACGUUCCCACAAGAUUAUCGGACAUCCGAAUAUGUGCUGCAUCUGAAUGUUACCAAGCUUUUUAUCGACUUCCUGAUUUUGCUUGGAUUGGCAUAUGAUAUGAAAAUUGUGCCACAAGAGAACCGUGACGAUGUAUUACAUCGCGGAUGA